AUGAAUCAAUCACUCUCAUCAACAUCUCAACCCUUCAACGCACCAGAGCCACGUGGUGCCCACCAUACCACGCUUCCAGCAGAGAUAUGGGCCAACAUCUUCGGCCAUCUUUCUAGCUUGCCCGGUCAGUCUCUCGCUCCUCUUGCAGCAGUCUGCAGAGGAUGGCAACGCGAGAUCGAGCCGCUUACCUUUUCCGACAUCGUGGUUCGGCCCACUGACAACGACAUUGCCAUGCUCCGCCGUGUCUUGGGAGACAGCUGCCGUUCCAGCAUCCUGUCGAAGAUCACAUUUUUCGGCCCGUCCGAAGACGAGACCCUCCAGCAGAUUGACGAGUCAGGAAACCAGACUUCUACUUCCAUGAAGAUCUGCCAUUUCUUCACAUGCUUGGGCAGCACUGCUCGGGAACACUCAUACCCUCCACUCACACUCACCUUCGCCGGCUGGGACGACCCUCGAGCUCCCGUCAACACUCUGCAAGAUUCAGACCUCGUGGCGCAGAGUCUUGGUGCACACCAUCCUUCCCAGUGCCGAGUCAAGCACAUCGUGUUGGCGCUGGAGAGACGACUGUGGUCCUCAACCAUGUUCGCGGACAUGGUGCGAUAUUGCUCCCCGGAGCUGAAGAAAAUUGAUCUUGGCUUGUUCGCCGAAGACAGUGACGAGGCAGAGUACAAUACCUGCUUCAUGCGAGCAUUGCAGAGAUCACUCAGAAAUACCAACCUCGAAGAAAUCAAUGCGCUUUACCCCUCGAGCGUGCUUGACCAAGAGAGCCACUCGUUCUCAUAUCGCUGGAUGGUGGCCUCAUUCGUGCACAUCAGCCGGAAUCUGCGUGUGUUCAGGGUCCAGGACCUGGCCGCCGACAUGUUCUAUGACCUGGCGAGACGCGUGGAAUGGCCCAAUCUGCACACACUCGAGAUUCACUCGUCGACUCUGGGCGGUACGGCAACAACAUUCUUCCAAGACGAUUACUUGGAGAACGCUGUUACGCUUGUGACAACGGUCUCGAAGGCGGUUCACCGCAUGAAGAAUCUCAAGCGCCUCGUCCUGAGGCAACGCCUGUGGCUGUACUACGAUGACAUAUGGGACUUGGAGUGCUGGGCUUGGCUGGACAUGGACUUCAAGGUCAAUGUCCCACAACGGAGGACUGAGGCGACUACCGCGACGCUCAGCAUUCGGGGAGUGGAACCGAAGGAUGAGGCCAUCGAGGCCUGGAAUACUGCUGUUUCCAAGGAGAGGGGCAUCCCUCUGAAUGGUCAGGUGGGCUGGAACGCUCACCAGAAGAAUCCGAGAGUUCGACGGAUUAUGAACGGCGGCUGGUGA